AUGCACCGCCCGUUCCAUAGGGAUCGCCAUCCCGUCCGAUGUGGGCCGACCCCCUCGCCGCCCAGCCAGUGGACUCCAGGCCUGCCCGUCACGCUCUUGCCCCGCCCCUGCCGCUCCUCGCCUAUAAAUAUCUCUCGCGGCCGCACGAACCUCAGCCGCUGCCGCCGUCCCCGCCACCACCGGGUUUCGGUUUCCUGUGUUUGCAGAGCGCGGGGUGGGCGCGAGAAAGCGGGUGGCAGCAGCAGCGACGACGACCCGCCCUCUCCUUCCAGUUUUUGGUAAGAAGUCGAUGCCCGGGGCCUAAGUCUUAACGGUGCGCGCGCGUAUAUGUAGCAAUAUAUAGUAGCGUUAUGCGUCCCCCUCCCCUUAAAUUUGGGUUGCCAGUUGUGGGGGGCGAGGGCGGCAGUGGGACCGCACUUGCCGCGGAAUGGAGGGGGCGAGUCAGCGAGACCACAAGAUUCGUCGCUUUGCUUUGCCGGAGGUCGAGGUGAUCUCUCCUUUUGCCCGAAGCCCGCCAGCCGCUUCGCCUUUUGCGGUGGCUGCAACAACCUUGUGGUUUUCCUGUUGUGCGCCGCCCUGAGAUCUACGCACCAAAGGGCGGAGCACAAAUUUAAUCCGUAAUAAUAAUAAUGACAACAUGCACAGCCGGAGUUUCUACCAAUGUGGGUCACGUGCGCACACCCCCAACCUACACACAUCCAUGCAUCAUCCCCAGGUUGUUGGGGUUAUAUUGGAUUUCUGUAGGUAUGCACAACCUGAUCCUACUCAAGCGUUCUGGAACUCAUUUGUUUCCGUGGAUUGAGGCUCUCAUGCAUAUGCUCCCCCCCCCCCAAUCACUUGCAUUACAGUUUUGUACUCAUAAGUCCAACUGAGCAACAAGUAUUUGAUAAUGUUUUGCUCAGAGGAGCCCCACUGAAAUUAGUUAACUCCCUAUUAUUAUUAUUAUUAUUAUUAUUAAUACCCCGCCCAUCUGGCUGGGUUUCCCUAGCCACUCUGGGCGGCUUCCAACAGAAUAUUAAAAUGCAAUAGUCUGUUAAACAUUAAAAGUCCAGUUGCACCAGGAAGUGAUCUGACCAUGGCUAGAGUGUGGUGCUUGAUAACUCCAAGGUCAUGGGUUCAGUUCCCCAUAGAGGCUGCCUGCAUCUUCCUGCAAUGCUGGACUAGAUGACCCUCGAGGUUCCUUCCAACUCUACAAUUCUCAUAGCUGUCAACCUUCCCUUUUUUUUGCGGGAAAUUCCCUUAUUCCAGCACCAUUUCCCUCUGCUAUCCCGGAUUGUUAGAUAUCUACGCUGAUCCCUUAUUUUCGAGGCUGCUGAUCCCUUAUUUUCAAAACUGAAAGUUGACGGCUAUUACAAUUCUAUGAUUCUAAGUGAGGUCCAUUGAUUUCAUUUGGUGAGCUCUGAGUGAAACUUAGUGGAAUAGCACCCUGGAGGAACUCUGAUUACACCCCUCUGUGUGCUUUGGGGUGAGGCAGUUGGUUGUAGAUCUUUUCCAACCAGCCAUGCUAUUUGCAUUUUAAGAUGUGGGAGGACUUUAGGUAAUGCCUUUUCCUGGAACUCAGUCACGUUUCUCUGGUAUUGUAACCCUAGUCGUGUUGAGUCCUGAGUGGGGGAGGAGUUGGUUUGGUAUUCAGCGCCGUACCUUUUGCAAUGGGUGAUAAGAGAGUUUACAGAGAUAAAUUUAAAAUUCCACAAGUGUAAAUAUUUAGCUGCAGGCUUGCUUUUGAAAGUUGUUUGCAAACAGGAACCAAUAAUAGGCAGUGAAGAACUUGUAAUGUAUACUGUAUUUUCCCUUGUAUAAGACCCCUGUUUUGGGGAACUCCAAAUUAAGGAAAUGGGGGUGAUUGCCCAGAGUUGUAAAGCUUUGGGGGGGGGGGAAUUGCCGAAAAACGCUCAACCGCCCGCCGCUGCCAAACGCACACCUUGACCGCCAAAUUGCUGCAGGAACAGCCAAUCGCAAGCAGCCCUUGCCACAGGCAUCAGUCACCCGCCCAAUUGCCACUCAAAAUCUCCUGCUCGCAGCUGCCACCAAUCGCUCAUACCCCCUGUGCACUAUCCAUGUAUAAGAGACCCACAAUUUUUAACACUUUGUAUUGGUGCAGUUGGUGCGCUUGAACUGUCGAAGCCAUGUGUCCUAGUGAAACUGCCAGUAGGUUCAGGGAAGACUAGAGCAGGAACUAAUUCUGCCUUGUGUUGAGAGAAUUCAUAAGGAAUUACUUUCCCACAAAGCAGCCACCCAGUGACCUGUUUUGUAUAAAUUUGUCAAAAGCCAUCAGUCAUGAUGACAAAAUGGAACUUUUUUUUUACAGGCUGGGUAUCUCCCCUUUGUGCAGACAUAUUAUUGGCUGCUGAAGACAAACAACCAAAAUAGUUACUAACAUUGUGCCUGGUCCCUGCUGGGGAAUUUCCCAACAGGGUUUUGCUAGUCAUUGAGGGAGACUAGAUGGACUUUAUUCCAGUUCGGUGAGGCAAUUUUGAUGAUUAUUGUUAAGCAGUACCAUUCUCCACACUUCAAAAAAACUCCAAAAAUUGUAUUGGUUUUUUAAACAAAUGCAAAUACAAUAACCAUUAAAUACUUAUCCAGCAGUACAGCUAACGGUGUUUGUUCUAUCCAUCGUCUCUAGACCAGUGGUUCCCAACUUUUUUUUUGCCAUGCCCCACCUAAGCAUCCUGAUCCCCAUCCCGUGACAUAUAAUUCUUAUUAUUCAAAAAGUGAAUUCCUAUUCACAUGGAGAAAGGCCAUUAACUUGGUCUAAACAAACUUCCAAAUUGCCCCCCUGUGGGGCACGUGCCCCACGUUGGGAACCACGGCUCUAGUCAUACACUUACAUAUUCAACAUUCAAACAUACUACCUAACACAACCUCCAGCCAUGCUGGAAAUCCAGUAACAUUUGGAGGAUCACAUGUUCCCCAUCUUUCUUUUAAUUAACGGUGGAACAAAUUGUCCUGUGACAUGCAAGUGGUGCAGAACUUAAUAUAGACACAGUCUCCGAGAAUCCCUCUGCUAUCGCUGCUCCUUGGAGGUGUGUGUGAAAUUGAGUUGCGGUGAGGUUAGCGCACACCCUGAAAUAUAAGGCUGGCUUUGGAAGGCUGUAUGUUUGUGACGACAUUUGUCAAUUACUUGGCUGAACUGGCUGUUCUUGUAAAUCGCUUAACCAAGGGUGUAGCAUGUAGUGGUGUAAGAAGCAUUAUUUUGUUCUGCCGUUCAGGAGUUUCAACAUGAGUGAAGUGGUAUCCUUUUCUAGUAUUUGUAUAGUUCUGAAGCUGUAUGAAAGGGAAGCUUGGUUGAGAUGAGAGGUGACAAGACAAUCGUCCCCCCCAAACACAGCUUGUUAUCAAAUUCAAACCUUUCCCUGUGAAGUCUAUGGCUUCGCAGACAAGCGCCUGACUCUGGCUACUGUGGGAAACAGGGUGUUGGACUAGAUUGGCUUUUGGUCUGAUGUGGCAGGGCUGUUUGGUUGUUAUGAUCAAAAGGGAGUGCCGGGUGUUUGUUGUAGGGUGAACCUUCAGUAACAUGCAGUUGCCUCCCAUGGUUCAACAGGCCUAGCCAGCCCCUUGUGUGGGCUGAGUGUGUGCCUGAAGAAUACAAUUCUUCCAUGACACCCAGAGAGGCUUCUCCAGAGGCAGUGCAGAAAACACUACUGUAAUGUUUAGAAUGAAGGAAACCAACUUUAAUAUUCUUUUUAAAAAAACUUCAAAAUUCAUUUAGUGAUUAUUAUUUUUUAACGUUGAUUCCAAAUAUUGUUGCACUGUGGUGUGUUAUCAUAGAAUCCUAGAGUUGGAAGGGAAGCACAGGUCAUCUCUUCCAACCUCCUGCAAUGCAGGAAUCUCAGCUAAAGCAUCCAUGACAGAUGGCCAUCCAAUCUUUGCUUAAAAACCUCCCAAGGAAGGAGAGUCCAUCACCUCUCGUGGGAGUCUGUUCCACUGUGGAACAGCUCUUACUGUCUGAUUGUUUUGUUGAAAGUUUAGUCUGAAUAUCCUUUCUUGUAACUUGUAUAUUCUAUUACAGUUUAACACCAUGCAUGGGAGACUGGCCGGGUUACUACAUAUGUGAAAUAAAUAAAAAUGGCCUAUACUAUUUUAAUAAAAUAUUUAUCAGGAGGCUUUGUCAGAUGUGUGGUUUUUUAAAAAAAAAUAUGAAAAAGAAAAGGGGAAAAAGGCAAACUUUAGUGAAAUUUCUUUUUGGCAAUGUUUAACAUUCCAUAUGUUUGAUUGAAAUUCUGUUGUACUUUAUCAAGGAAAGACAAUGGAAUUCAAACCAAAGGUGAUUGGCUUUUGGUGAUUUCUAUUUAAAAUUUGCCAGGUGCUUAGUUUUGCUGCUGUUCUCUGAUCAAGUCUGGGAUCUGAUAAUGUUGCUGUUAUCACCAGUUGUGCCCACAUUACAGCAUGGUUAGUUUAGUCUUCGUUUCAAAUCUGACCUCAUUGCUAUCAGAUAAGUUGUCCCAGUCUAAGAACUGGGUCAGCACCAUAUUGCACAGAAAGGAGAAAACGAACAUUUAGUCAUGGGUAUGGUAUAAUUAAGUUGAGAUGAAAGUGAAAAAUGGGGUGUUCCCCCCCCCCCCACAGAUAAGAUGAGAAGAAAAAAACAUGUGCUUUCUUAAUUCUCACACAUUCCCCAGCCCUGCAGAAAAUCAUUUCCCACUUCUGCAAAAAGGGAGAGUUAGGCUGAGCAAACGUUAGGGUGAGGGUAGACAACCUCCAGAUGUUGUUGGACUCCCAACUCCCAUUAGCCCCAGCCUUUAUGGCAAUUGAUCAGGAAUGAUAGGCAUUGUUGUCCAACAAAACCUUGAGUGCAUUAGGUUGGCUAUCCCUGUGUUAGGACUUUCGGACUGCUAAAUAGCGUCGACCUCUUCAUAUUGUGUUAUAAGACGGGGGGGGGGGAGGAAAUGGCUAUGCAGGAAGUUUUCCCGCACAAGAACAACUCAAAAUGCAAACAGCAGCCUUUGCCAAAAUAACAAGAUAUUUUGGACCACCACCGUACUGCCUGGGGCUCAUGGGAGUUGUCAUCCCAAACGUCUGGAGGUUGGCAAAGGCUGCACCACAGCCUUGUAUUGAUCUCCUUUCCUGAAAUGACCCAGGUGCAAAAGAUUUGCAGAUGGAAGGAAAAUGAUUAACUACUUGAUAGUGUGUUCUCUGCUUCUAACAGUUGUGCACAUUCCUAUAUGCUGGCUGAAAACAAGGACGAAGGUCCAAAGGAGUGCUCAGCUCUUUUUGCUGCUGCAAGACUUUUUUUUAAAUGGGGGGGGGGUUUUUCCACAAUUUUUGGCUAGCUUUGGUGGUCAAGCCACAAACUCCUGGUUGCCAUCUUCUCCUCUUGGUGGUUUGGCAACUGUGGAGAGGUUACUUCCCAGUCUUCAUAGCCCAGUAGAGGCCAAGAAUGGGAAAUAAAGGGGGCAGAGGGAUAUGACUGUCAUUCAGUUGUUUCUGCUCCCUCCAAAAAGAAGUGGGAGCUUAGGAACACUUCAAGAAGUCUGCUUCUACUUUUUAUUCCAAAUGAGGUGGGGGACGACAUCAUGUGGUUAAUGUCCUUGGAUUUCUUAUCACCUUUCUUUCUGUGUUCAGAGUGUGUAAUCCUUUAAGAGGAGGUAGAAGAUCUUACAUAAACUUUAGCCAAAUUGACCUUUUCUUCCUGUUGUGAUUCUUUUCUGAUGAUUCAGGCAUAACGUGACUUGGCUGAGGUAAUUUAUUAUAAGCAUUAAUUGUGUAUCCAGGCCAACCAACUUAAACAGAUAACACUUCUUAGCAGAGCUAGCUGUGUGGCUUCUUCCCCCACCCCCAUGGGUGUAGCUGGGGGGGGCAGUUGUUGCCCCUAAAUCAAUAAAAAACUGAGGUUCUGCCCCCCUAACAAAAGCCUGCCCCUCCUAACAUAAAUCCUGGCUAUGCCCAUGCCCCCCCCCCACAUUUGCACACAUGUGAGUGCCCACAGAGUUUAACAUGUCCUAGUAUCUGUACUUUCAUAUCAUGAGCAGUAGCAAGUUAUUGGGAGAACUGUUGUUUGGUAAUGGCCUCGUAUGUGCUACACAUUUAAAGCAGUAUCAUACCACUUCAAACUCUCAUGGCUUCCACCAAAGAAUCCUGGGAAUGAUAGUUUAAGGGUGCUGAGAGUUGUGAGGGGAAUAGGGGGUUGCCUAACCACUCUCAGCUCCCUUUACAAGCUACAGUUCCCAGGAUUCUUUGGGGGAAGCGAUUAAUGUUUAAAGUGGUAUCAUAUUGCAGCUCAAACUUGUGUGGAAGAGGGCAGGCAAGAUGAUCAAGGGUCUGGAAACCAAGGCUAAUGAAGAACAAGGUUGAAAGAGUUGGGUUUGUUUAGCCUGGAUAAGAGGAGAUAUGAUAGCCAUCUUCAAAUAUCUCAAGGGCUGUCACAUGGAAGAUGGAGCAAGCUUGUUUUCUCCUUCUCCGGAAGGUAGGACUCAAACCAGUGGAUUCAGGUUACAAGAAAGGAGAUUCUGGCUAAACAUCAGGAAACACUUUCUGACAGGAAGAGCUGUUCAGCAGCGGAACAGUCUCCUUCUGGAGGUUGUGGACUCUCCUUCCUUGGAGGUUUUUAAGCAGAGCUUGGAUGGUCAUCUGCCAUGGAUGCUUUCGUUGAGAUUUCUGCGUUGCAGGGGGUUGGACUAGAUGACCCUUGGGCUCCCUUCAACUCUUCAAUUGUAUGAUUCUUAAAUCUAUUGUACAGAUGGGGCCUAAACUAUUGCCUAGGAAGUUCCUGGUUUUAAUUACUCACCUACUGUGAACACAAUAGGUGGCCUUAAGGAAGCGACUCUCUCUGUCCUCCAUCCACAAAAUGGGGCACAACACUGGUUUUACUCCACAGGGUUGUUGUAAGUAUUACAGUAUAACUAGAAACUACACGUGAAGUGCUUUAAGGCACUAUAUAAAUGUUUAAGUAUUAUAAUAAUUUAUUAUAAUUAUUAUAAUAAUAAAAAAAAAUUAAUUAUUUAUACCCCACCCUUCUGGCUGGGUUUCCCCAGCCACUAUUGAACUAUUAUUGUAAAGUAAUGGAACUGAUGCCAUUUAUCUGUUGGAUCUAAUUGGCUCCAGAUAGACUCUCUAAGUGUCUUUAAAUAUUAAAAAGAGAAACCUGUGCCAAAAGUACUAUUAAUGGUCUGCCUAAAUAUAAAUAAGUGACUUUACUGAACUGAAGUAAACUUCAGGGCAGGCUUCCUUGUAGCAUAACAGGGUGUAUGUGCCUGGUGAGUUUGUCUGCCCACCGUCGUCUUUUGUCUUCGUCAGAAUGAUAAGCCAUUGAGUCCCAGAGACUCCUCAGGCCUCUCCACAUACCAGAAAAGACCCUCUUGCCCUUUGUACCACCAACUGCUCACAAAGGGAAGGAGGAAGCAAUGCUAACUAGGCAGUGCCUGGCUAUAUUCUUAUCCUAGCUGCACGCUGUGGUGAUGGGCAAGGAUUCCUAUGUCCUACUAGGCCACUGGGUGGCCACCUUGUCCAUUGGGCUACGUGAACGUGCUCACUAAGCUCGGAUUAAGGAGCUAAGAGUUUCCUGCCAGGCUGCACAUCAUCCUAGAGGCCCAUGCUCCUCCUGUCUCCUUCCAUGCUCACCACAGACCAUUGUCUUUGCCCAUCCUAAAGGUAAAGGGACCCCUGACCAUUAGGUCCAGUCGUGGCUGACUCUGGGGUUGCGGCACUCAUCUUGCUUUACUGGCCGAGGGAGCUGGUGUACAGCUUCCAGGUCAUGUGGCCAGCAUGAUUAAGCUGCUUCUGGCGAACCAGAGCAGCGCACGGAAACGCCAUUUACCUUCCCACCGGAGCGGUACCUAUUUAUCUACUUGCACUUGGACGUGCUUUCGAACUGCUAGGUUGGCAGGAGCUGGGAACGAGCAACCCGUCGCGAGGGUUCGGACCGCCAACCUUCUGAUCGGCAAGUCCUAGGCUCUGUGGUUUAACCCACAGCGCCACCCGCAUCACUUCUGCCCAUCCUACACAGGCUUUAUUCAGAUGCAAGUCCCAGUAAGUCGCUCUCUCAAUGAGCGUGAGUACGAUUGCAUCUUUGGGAAGACGCACCCUUUCUCCUCUAGCUUGGAGCUGCCCUACUUCUCUAACAGUGUUUGUAUAACUAAAUUGUGAUAAUUAUGUUGUCCACUGUCAAUUAUUCCAACAAGGGAUAAAGGCAAUCCAAGAGAAAUUGGGCAAUGUGGUGUUCUUACCCCGGGGGUUCCUCAAUCGGUUGCACCAGACUAAUUUUCAUGGAAGACGCUUGCCUGCUGCUAUUGAUCUUCCUGUUCAAUGUGAAGAAGCUGUGAGUGGGUGUCUUGAUGCAUUCCAGGGCGCAUUCUGUUUCUAGGAUGGGGGUGGCUAGACACUCACACAGGAGGACUGGAUAGCAGCUAACCACAGACAUGAGCAUCCCAGAGUGUCUUGCAACAAUUAAGGGUUUCCUUGUUAGGCAAAUCAACGAUGGCAUUGGUUACCUAAAAGAUUUGAAAGAAAUACUGCCACUGGAUGACAGAACCAGCAGCACAGGAAGCGUGUGAAGAAGAGGGUGCACAUAGAUUCAUAGGCCAUUUCAUUUAGAACAGGGGUGAGCCUGCUGGGGGAGGCCUUGCAGCCCAGAAUCGGGAGAACUGGAUGAUGGCAUCUAGACCUACAUGGAAAUCGUGAACCUACAUGCUUGAAUCUUCUGUUCCUGGUGGAGCUUAUGCUCCCAGAGCAUUUAAUUUAUUUCUAAAAUCAUUUAUACUUCCACAGCCACAGAUAGAACCAACAAUCCUCCAAUUAACCCAGGAGGGAGAGGGGGAUUGACAGUUAAUGAAACACCAUGGGACUGUCCCCCCCGCUUGGGGUGCGGUUGGUUGGGUUUUAUCUUCUAGGGAUUCUUACCCUAUCAGACCUCCACCUCUUUCCCAUACCAUUUUGAGCCAGCAGUCCUGGCCCAAGGAUGGCUUGUUAUUGAGGGGAUGUUACCCAUCUAUUGGGGAGGCUAGUAUGGGAUCUGGGAUUUCCACAAUUGAAGGGCUAGGGAGGAAUGGCAGUGGGGCUAGAUAUCUCUAUCGGCGAAGGGUUUCGAGAUGCAGUGAUCCUCGAACCCCUUCCAAUCUACGCCCCAUCCCAAGGGAUGAGGGUAGGGAGAGCAAGGAUUACACACCUCCGUCACUGGUGCUGUGCAAUGCCAGGUCCAUAGGCAACAAAACCGCCACCAUGCGUGACUUUUUUGUCUCGCAGGGGAUUGACCUGGCUUGCGUGACGGAGACCUGGGUACGGGAAGGCAAAGUAGUCUCCCUACAUGAGAUAACACCCCCAGGUUUCUCUGUCCUCCAUCAAUCGCGGACUGUGGGUCGGGGGGGGGAGGAGUAGCGUUGUAAUUCUGGGAGGAUUGCUCUUUCAGAGCUCUGCCAUCACCGGCGAUCUCCGGCAUUGAAUGUGUUGGUCUCGUGUGGGGCACCAAGGAGAGCUUGGCUGUCUGGCUGGUGUACCGACCACCCAGCACACCUGCAGCCACCCUGUCAGACCUGCUGGAGGUGGUGGCGGGCUGGGCCUUGGAGUUCCCAAACCUACUGGUUUUGGGAGACUUCAACGUCCAUGCCGAUGCCGCUCCCUCCUCACAGGCUCUGGACCUAGUGACUUCCAUGGCAACACUAGGGCUCUCCCAGUUUGUUUUGGGCCCCACUCAUCAAGCAGGCCACACGCUGGAUCUGAUCUUUGGGGCUGGCAUAGAUGUGAUCAUGCUCCCCGCUGUGGAAGUGCCAUGGUCUGAUCACUACGCUCUGAAAGCCAAGAUUGACUUCCCGCUCCUCCCCGGCUCGGGUGGCGAACCUAUUUGGGCUCGUCCGCGAAAACUGAUGGAUCCUGAUAGAUUCCGACAAGCCUUGCGGAACCCUGCUCCUCCUAGCGACUCAUUAGAUGACCUUGUUGAGGACUGGAAUAACUGGCUCUUGGCAGCUAUUGAUGAGAUCGCGCCUAAGCGCCCUCUGCGACCCUGUCGAAACCGGGCCCCUUGGUUUACUGAGGAGCUCCGGAAAAUGAAGCGGGAUCUCAGAUGGCUAGAGCGAGUAUGGCGACGGACUCAUGACGGAGCCUCAAGAACAUCUUAUAGGACGCUUAUGAAAGCCUAUGAGAUGGCUAUGAAAGCUGCUAAAAAUUAUCUUACUUUGCAGCUUCCAUUGCGUCUACUAGCUCUCGCCCGGCACAACUUUUUAGAAUAAUUAGGUCAAUAACGUCCUUAGGAGGACAACCAAAUUUAAGCACAAAUUCGACCCACAGCUGUGAGGCAUUCGCGAGCUUUUUUGCGGAGAAAGUCCUGUUGCUCCACCGUGACCUCCCUGCCAAUUUAGAUACAGUGACUGAACUGGAGGCCCCUCGACUGACUUCAGGUCCAGUGUUGGACCAUUUCGAUCGGAUACUCCCUACUGAUGUGGAUAGAUUCCUCCAAGUUGGUAGGCCCACCACCUGCCUCCUUGAUCCGUGCCCGUCUUGGCUGAUUAGGGAGUGUCCAGAUGUUGCGCGGACCCCCCUGGUUGAAAUUAUCAAUUUGUCCCUUGACACGGGGACAUUCCCAGGGGAACUGAAGGAAGCAGUGGUGUGUCCACUCUUAAAGAAAACUUCAUUAGAUCCAUUAGACCUAUCCAAUUACCGCCCAGUUUCAAAUCUUCCAUACCUGGGUAAGGUAAUUGAGAGAGCGGUUGCUGAACAGCUUGGUAGGUUUCUGGAGGAUACAUCGGCAUUGGAUCUAUUUCAGUCCGGUUUCCGUCCUGGUUUUGGGACGGAGACGGCUCUGGUUGCCCUAACAGAUGAUCUCCGUAGACAACUGGAUCGAGGCGGGUCAGGACUGCUGAUCCUUUUAGAUUUGUCAGCAGCCUUUGACAUGGUCGAUCAUGAUCUUCUGGACCACCGCCUCGCAGACGUGGGGAUACAGGGCAUAGCCCGUAACUGGUUGUGCUCUUUUAUCUCUGGUCGGGGACAGAGGGUGGCACUAGGGAGGAAAUGUCGUCGCGCCACUCCUUGGUGUGUGGAGUGCCGCAGGGCCCAAUUCUCUCCCCGAUGCUUUUUAACAUCUUUAUGCGCCCCCUUGCCCAGAUUAUCCGGAGCUUUGGGCUGGGCUGUCACCAAUAUGCUGAUGACACCCAGCUCUAUCUGCUGAUGGAUGGCUACACCGACUCGGCCCGGAACACACUGACCAGAUGCUUGGAAGCUGUGGCUGGAUAGUUUCAUGGGAACCGAUUGAAACUAAAUCCUUCGAAGACAGAGGUCCUAUGGCUAGGUCGGGAUGGCAUGGGGAUGAGGGACCAACUCCUUUCUCUUGCGGGGGCCCAAUUAGUGCCAUUGCCUUCCGUUAAGAGUUUGGGUGUAAUCCUUGACGCCUCCCUUUCCAUGGAGGCGCAAGUUACAGCAACAGCCAAGGCGACAUUUUUCCACCUUCGCCGCAUCAAGCAGUUGGUCCCUUACCUUUCCCGCCCCAACCUGGCCACAGUGAUCCAUGCGAUGGUCAUCUCCAGGCUUGACUACUGUAAUUCGCUCUACGCGGGGCUGCCCUUGAAGCUGUCCCAGAAACUCCAGCGGGUACAGAAUGCUGCAGCGAGGCUCCUCACGGGGUCUCUGCCAUGGGAGCAUAUUCACCCAGUGCUUUUCAAGCUGCACUGGCUCCCGGUGGAGUACAGGGUCAGAUUUAAGGUGCUGCUUUUGACUUUUAAAGCCCUUCACGGCCUAGGACCCUCGUAGCUACGGGACCGCCUCUCCCGGUAUGCCCCACGGAGAGCCUCAAGGUCCAUAAAUAGCAACACCCUAGUGGUCCCGGGCCCUAAGGAAGUUAGAUUGGCUUCAACCAGAGCCAGGGCCUUUUCAACUCUGGCUCCGGUCUGGUGGAACGCUCUGCCUCACGAGACCAGGGCCCUGCAGGAUCUGAUUUCUUUCCGCAGGGCCUGUAAGACAGAGUUGUUCCGCCUGGCCUUUGGCUUGGAGCCAAUUUGAUUCCCUCCCUCCCUCUCUUUCUUUUUCUUUUCCUUCUCCUCCUGCGAUGAGGCUACAUUUUAAUAUUUUAAUGUUCCAUUAUUUUAAUGUUGUAUUUUAUUUUUGUUUUUAAGUUGUAAUCAUUCAUCUUGUUUUUAUUAUUGCUUGUAAGCCCCUCUGAGCCCGGCCUUGGCUGGGGAGGGCGGGGUAUAAAUAAAUAAAUAUUAUUACUAUUAUUAUUAUAGGGCAUAUUUUGGGAUGUAAUUCAAACAAGUCAGCUUGCACGCCAUUAAAAAACACAGGAAAAACCUUGCAGAAUCAGCUGCUUCAGAAACAUAGGCCAGUUACAGGAAAUAAGAGUGACAAAAUAUCCUGAAUGAAUAGAAAAGCUAUUCGCCUUUAAAAUGGCUCUCUAACACUGUAAGCCUUAUUUAGAAGAAGGCAGACUGAAAUAAAUGAUUUUUUAAAAUAAAAAAAAUCUACUUUAAAAGCUUGCAGCGGCCAAACAUACGUACCACCAUGCAGAGGGAGCGCUACAAUUUGGGGCCAACACAGAAAAGUACCCCCCCCCCCGCAGUGCCACCAUGAAGCAUCUACUUAAUAUCAUUAUCUUGCUGCAAUCACUAAUGGUGGUAUCUAAUGCUAGUCCUAUUUAGAAAUCAAUAAGGAUGACUAAGACCCUCAUCUGCAUUGUACAUUUAAUGCAUUGUACAUUCACUUUGAACAGUCAUAACUUCCCCCAAAGCAUCUUGGGAACUGCAGUUAAGGACGCUGAGAAUUGUCACAAGACCCCUAUUUCCUUUGCAGAGUUCCCUGGGAGGAGGGACUGACUGUUAAACCACUCUGGGACUGUAGCUCUGUGAAGGAAAUAGGGGUUUGCCUAACAUCUCUCAGCAAUCUUAACAAACUACACUUCCCAGGAUUCUUUGAGGGUAAGCCCUGAUGGUUUAAAAGUAGUAAUGAUACUGCUUUAAAUUUAUAUUGCAAAUGGUGCCUAAUUUCAUUUCAGUGGGCCUACUUUGAGUAGAACCUAGAUGAAUGUCGCCCUAAUCUUGUGACACAUGAUCCUUAUUGCACUACCUUCCUAGACUGGCAGCAUCACAUACUUUAUUUGCCACAAUGUGGUGAACAAUAUGUGAGAACGAGUCUUGUUCAGAUUCCCUGCCAUAUCUUGGAUUUGUGUGUCCUCAUUUCCCCCGCCUUGAAAAGGAAGUUGCAGAUUUGCUUCCUCUGCUAGACAUUGUCUUGAAGGAUGUGUUGGCAGGCGCAGAGCCAUGAUCUAUACCAGUGUUGUUGCGUUGGUUGCUAAAAGAUCUGCAGUGCCAUUUCUCUUCUGCUUUUUCUUAAUUCUGAGGCAGACAGAACCAUCCAUUUCCUCCAUCAGGAUGGCGCCUUGGUCAGAGAAAUGCAAUUACACCAAAUUCUAGGAAGUUUGUCUCCUGCUGGUUUUAACUGCUGGCAAGAAUGGUUUUACAACCCAGUGCAUGUUUACUUGGAAAUUCUUGGGUGGGUCUUAAUUCUGAGCCUUCGUAAAACUGUGUUACCUGUGUUAGCCCCAGUAAGAACUCAAACUGCCUCUGUUUUUACCUACACCAGAAAGAACAUCCAGUGUCCCACUUCCUCUGGACUUUGAACUACAGUCUCUUAAAACUGGCUCUGCACAAUAAAACUUAAAGGACAUAGGCGGAUUGUGGCUCUUCUCCUUCAUUCCUCCCCUAGUCUGACAUUUUAUUUGUGUCCCAUAGUUCCUGUACUUCGUGAAGAAGGAAGAAAGAACAUGGCUUUGAAGAUAGCGGUAGUGCUCAGCUUUGUCCUAGGAAUCAGCACCUUUCCCCUGGAGGACCCUGAGGAUGGAGGCAAGCAUUGGGUUGUCAUUGUCGCUGGUUCCAAUUCCUGGUAUAACUACAGACACCAGGUAAGAGUUGGCUGGGCGAAGGGAGUUGUUGCAUUGAACAGAGUUGAGUUCUCUAUCCUGGCUCUUGCAUGCAUGAACACCAGUUGGUUUCUCUUACAUAGCACACAGGUGGUGAACCUCUGGCCUGCCGGCUUUCGCACUUGGACCACCAGGUCAUUUUGGCCAAACCACGCCCACUUCCCUUACACCUGAUGUCAUAGAUGAUGUCAGAUGUGAGGUGGGUAAAGAUGUACCUGGGCCAUAGGGGGUUUGCAGGCGCUUCUGAUUGGUGGCACCUAGAAAGUCCUGCUAGCACCAGACUUUGCUAACACAAUCAGCUAAUUGUGUAUGCAAGCAAAAAUGGGUCACCUGAUGUUACUGUGAGAUUGUGUGGUUGACAGGUGGGUGGCUCUGCCCGUCUGUGACACCUGGCCCAUGAAGGGUGUGGGAGAUCAGGGAUCCAGUCCAUUGGCCAGAUACAGUUCCCUACCUUUGCUGGAGCCCUCCAAAAAUAUUUUGACUUCAGCCUCCAUCAUCCCUGACUAUUGGCCAUGUUGGCUGGGGCUGAUGGGAGUUGGAGUCCCAGCAAGAAAAGGGGAAGCUGCAGGUUCCCCAUCUCUAGGCAGAAGUAGGGUCACUAGAGUCUACUGGGGAAGAAUGGUCUGGUGAUUUUGAAGAUUGUGUCUAGGUCAUAUUUACACUUGCAAGUCAGCACAUAACGAUGGCGCAAUCCUCAAGUGUGGACAUUCAUCACAUGAGCUGAGUAUAAGAGUGACUGGGAUUAAGUCAUCAGGCGGUUUACUUGCCAGCUUGUUAAACUAGCUGAUUAAUCUGCUAAAUAUUGCAGUCCGAAAAGCUUACCCUAGCAUUCUGGGGACUCUUUCUAUUGAAGUGGUGUUGGUAGGCUGCUGUGGUUCUCUGUGCCAUCGUAAUCCUGCAAGCCUGAAAGGUUUGCACAGACAUUUAGGUCUAGCACACUUCUUCCCUCCCCAUCUAUAGUGCAGAAGUAGGCUGGCACAAACAGAGCUACGUGGGAAAGCUUGUGCAAUCCCUACUCAGCUCUCUAACCUCAAUUGCAAGCAGGUCAGGGAGAGGCAGUUGUGGUUAGAGGUAGAGGAUCGAACAACACUGUGUGGGAGGAGGAGGAGGAAGUCUAAAUUCUUUAGGCAAGGACUAUGAACUGAAAUUCAGACAUGUGAGGAAAGCUUGUCACAGACUUCUUAUAAUAGCAGCCUGUGUCUCUGAUGUAGGUUCUUGCACAAUUAAGUAACUUUGAUUUGUUCCAGGUUUGAAUUUCCAGGGUAGGGUUUCUUAACCUGUGGUCCCUAUGCUCCUAGGCAGUCUGUGGUUGAGCUUCAGUGCAGAAGUGUGCAAGUCUUCAUUAAGACGAAAGCUGCAGAUUUGGAUGGCAGCGUUUGUAGGAAAGGAUGCAAAAACAGAUCAUAAAAGAGACCCUCAGCCCAAAUGUGGUCUGUUGCCUUUCGUGGCCCAGCUCCUUUUUGUAGAAAUUCAGGCUGGGAUUCUAUAUCCACUUACCUGACUUGGCCAUAUGUCAUUGAAUAAGACUUGUAGUUAGAGCAAGACCCCCUGACAGCAACGUGACUUAAAUUUGUUAAGUCUCAUUGGUUUCAGUAGGUCUACAGUGGUGCCCCGCAAGACGAAUGCCUCGCAAGACGAAAAACUCGCUAGAUGAAAGGGUUUUGCGUUUUUUGAGUCGCUUCGCAAGACGAAUUUCCCUAUGGGCUUGCUUCGCAAGACGAAACGUCUUGCGAGUUCUUGCGAGUUUGUUUCCUUUUUCUUAAAGCCGCUAAGCCGUUAAUUGCCGCUAAGCCGCUAAUAGCCGUGCUUUGCAAGACGAAAAAACCGCAAGACGAAGAGACUCGCUGAACGGAUUAAUUUCGUCUUGCGAGGCACCACUGUACUUUUAACCAUGGCUAAAUCUGAAUCCAGUCCUGUCUUGCCUUGGGGGGGGUGUGUGUGUGGAGGAAUCUCUGCUAGUUUAAACAGGUUAUUGGUAAACAUUGUGGUGGGUUUUUGCAAAAGGCUUCAAUGUUUACUUAACGCUUGAAGUAUUUUGAAAGUGAUUUCUUAAAGUGGUAUUAUGAAACUUAAAACAUCUGUGUUUGGCUGUCUUGGAGAAAGGGGCAAGGAAAUAAAGAGGCCUUUGCAGGCGCUAGAUGGCAUCCUACAGCGAGAACGUGCUGAAGUCAUGAGAGUUGUUCUCUUGGCAUAUAUGCAAGCCUACAUGACGCAGGACUUGUUUCUGCAUAGCAGGGGUGAGGGGCCUGGUGUGCUUCAGAGGUUGGACUGCAACUCCCAUCAGCACUUGCUCACAUUGCAGGUGAUUAAGGACGAUAGGAGAUACAGUCCAACAGCAUUUGGGGAAGGGGCACAAUUUGCCACCCUUUCUGUACAGAUUGCUUAUCUAUUUUGUUCAAUAUCUUCCUGCCCAAGCAGUGUAAAAGCAUCGCCAUUCAUAGUUUUUCCCCUUCACCCCAUUCCUAUUUGGAUUUACUGCAGUGCAGUGAUUUUUGUGAGAAUAUCAAGUUAUCAAAUGGACAGGGCCUUUGAUUGUGGCAUGCUGAGUUUCUCUAACCAGCUUUUAUUUUAUAGCUGCUUGGCUUUUCUCCACCCCAGGUUUUCCCCACAACAAACAUUACAUAUUCUGUAGUCACAGAAUAUCUCUGUCCACAUUAAGGGGGGGGACCCUCUUAGGGUUUCCCCUAUUUUUGCAUAUCUUGUGGUUCCUUUGAGUGUGCCAAUACCUGGCUCUGUUUUUCCGUUGCCUCAUUUUAACUACAAGUGACUUCCCACUUACAUGCGUGUUACAUUCCUGGGUACUACGCGCAUAUGUGAAAUCACAUAUAGUAUAUAAGUGGUUGCGCACAAUUUGAAUGUGCGACAGGUUGGAUUGGUUUAUAAUGAAAGAGGGCUUUGGAGUGGAUUGUCCCAGGUUUAACUGGAGAUUUCUUUGUGUGAAAAGAGAGACUUCCACUGGAGGCCAGUGACAAGUGCUACAACUUUUCUGUUUCCCGUAACACAUUUAAAUAUCACCCAAUAAAUAAAACUGCCCUGUGUCUUUUCAGGCUGAUGCCUGCCAUGCUUAUCAAAUUGUGCACCGGAAUGGCAUUCCAGAUGAACAAAUCGUUGUGAUGAUGUAUGACGACAUUGCCUUCAAUGAGCAGUAAGUAUCAGAAUUUUGGCAGGAAAGUGAACUUUGUGUGCAGGGCUGUUGCUGCGUAUCGGAAGUGGGAGACCUGUGGCCUGUGGUUCAUUUGUUGCUGAACUGCAGCUCCCGGCGCACAUGGCCUGAAGGCCCAAGGAGUUGGUGGGAGUUGUAGUUUGACAACAUCUGCAAGGUUACAGGUUCCCUACCCCUGCUGUAAAUUAAUCUAGUGUCUCUUUUACAAGACCUAACAAAAGCAUCUCACAGAAUGGCAGACUUCACUUACGGUUAGAAGGGGGCCAGCUGCUACACUUCUCAAGUGUUCAGUCUCCUGUUUUCCACAGAAAGAGGGAAAUCCCUGAUCCUGGAUUGUUUGCAUGAAGCACAGUUUGGUGGCAAGGAAUGCCUUCCAUCAGCUUCAGCUGGUGGACCCAGCUGUGCCCCUGUCUGGACAGGAAUAGCCCAUUACUGCAUGUUGUAGAGGUUUUCUCAACUUGGAAAAGAAAUCACUUCACUUUUUGCCACUUUUAACAUUUCCUGUCCACUUCCUUGCUUCAGGAAUCCAACCAAAGGCAUCAUCAUCAACAGGCCCAAUGGUACAGAUGUGUACAAAGGAAUACCAAAAGACUACGUAAAAGAGGUAGGAACUAGAUUUAUUCGCUUGGUAACCUAGGAACAUUGCUAGCUUUGAAUAUCAAGUUUCCCGAAGAAAUAGGAUUUUAUUAACCCACCUGAAGAGUGGGCCACUUGAGUUCGGAUGCUUUUGUCCAGAACCUAGAGACUUUGCUUCAAUUUAAAUGUAAACCACAUAUUUCAAGUGAAGCGAGACUAGUUAAUUGUAAGCACACUGUCGGUCCACUAGCACAAAAUCCACUGCAUCCAAACCCCCUCCUGCAUGGCAGAUCACCCCCUCCUUGAAUUGCAGCCUGAAGUCUUGGAAGUCUUCCAGGCAAUUGCUUCUUAGUUCUGCAGCUGAUGGGCAUAGAGAUCAAUUCAUAAUUCAUGGUUAGCUUUCCAAGUCUGUUGGGGAUACUCGCUUAUCUCAACCUCACUUGUAUUAAGUUUAGCUAUCUGUAUUUCCUUCAUUUCCCACCGCCAUCAAUUUACUCAGAAUGCUUUCGAAGCAUCCUAGUAGCAUGUAUAGUAGGUUGUGGCAGAGGCAGGAUGAACUUUAAGCUAAGAUGGUUGGUUUAUUAAAGGGAUACUAUAGACCGAUACUGAUAUUGGAGUCUUAAUGAUGUUUGAUGACACUGUCGCUGACACUAGCCUAUAAGAUUUUUUUAACUCACUGAAUUUCCUAAAACUCCAGCCCAACCAGUUACUCCCACAUCCUAGUGCAGCUACUGGGGAUAAUCUGCCCUACAAAGCAGCCCCCAUUCAUAGUAGUGGGCCAGUACACAGAGACUCUGAGGAAACACUGUCUAUAAUAAGGGGUGCAGUUGUGCAGGGUAUAUGAUUCAACCAUGCUUGAUCUUUCUAUUGGUGUUUUGCAACUUCCUGACUUGUUGCAGGACCUUAGCCAGACCUAGCACAGUAUAUGCAGAGUUCACAAAAGCAAUUGGCUGCAGGCAGGAUGGACGAAGCAGGAACCAGUAACUUGUACUUAUAGGUGUUUAUUAUAUACAGUGGACUAUUUACAGGAACAGAACAGAACACAGAUCUAACUAGCUCUCUCCUCCGACUCACAACUCUCAAGCCUCCAACUCCUACUCUCUGACUAACACAUUCCAGUCAGUAGGCCAUAAAUCAUUAUUCCCGUGAGAGCUUGACCAAUCAUGGAGCUGUCUCCAUGCCUCUGUAUCACCAGGCAGAUUUUACUCCUUCACAUUGCCUUGGCUGUCGGCCAACUCCUAAUAGACUCUGUGUGAAGCUGCACGUAUUCAAAAUCCCAACACUCUCUGUCUCCCCACAUGAACUGAGAGCCAGUCUAAAGUUCCAGGGUUCUGUGGAUGUGUGUUGCUGGCGAGCUUUUUUUUUUUUUUUGCAAGGUUCCCCAGAGCACUCUUUGAAAGCCAUAGUUCUGCUGGAUAGGAGCCAACACGCAGAAGUCAACUUUUUAUUUUUUUAUUUUAAAAGGAAUGUUGCUGGCUGCAUUUCAGCUUCAAAUCUCUUUCCAACCUGUAGGAUGUUACACCAGCAAACUUCCUUGCUGUGCUCAGAGGUGAUGCUGAAGCAGUGAAGAAUAAAGGAUCGGGAAAAGUACUACGAAGGUAAUUGGAAAGACGUGAGAAUGGAAUGCCGUCAUUUCUUCAUCAAUAUAGUUUUAACACCAAGUUGGAAUUUAAGUAAAAGAUUGGAAAUUAAGAAGGUUUUCUCUCUCUGCAGUGGCCCUCGGGAUCACAUAUUUGUCUAUUUCACUGAUCAUGGCGCCCCGGGACUUCUGGCUUUUCCAUCUGAUGAUGUACGUAAUAUUUUUUUCCCUGUCUUAAGUAGCACUGAUUUAGUUCGCAAGCCUAGAAACACUUGUUUUCUCAAGCUACAGUUUGGCUGCAUUGUAUCAGUAUAUUGUAUCAGACUUUUCUCUCACUCAUUGAAGGCUAGAAAAGGAGCUGUUUUGGGACUUUGGGUAAUAUAUAACAGCCAUGAGAAUGCAUUGACAGGACACUCAGUGAGUGUUUUCAGUAGAGCAGGGGCUGAAUUCUUGGCCUUCCCUGCCUCCUUGGGUUAAUAUGGGAAUUGUGACAAUACAAGCCCACCUUGCAAGGUUAUUGUAAAGAUCACUGAUAACUUACUUGGAGUGCUUCAUAUGCCUGAUGGUAUGCUAGAUGUGUUUCUUAUUACUUUAGUGGACAGCAGUGGGAUAUGAUCAGGUACCUCCUUGUUUUACAGCUUCACGUAGAAGAAUUGAACAAGACCAUUUCAUAUAUGUAUCAUCACAAAAAAUACCAGAAGGUAAAAUGACUAUUUUCCACAUUUAUUUAUUUGUUUAUUUAUUUAUUUAUUUAAUUUUAAGAGUAGCAGCCAUUAUAAUUGCAUAGGACUCAGCUUUGUGAACUCUUCCGCUCUAAAUGCUAAUUGUUACUGGAAAGGAUGUUGUAGUAGAGUCCUAAACUCAAUAACACAGAAGUAUGUGGAAAGAUGGUAUGAUUAAGCUUUCCCCCUCUCCUUUUUUAAAAAUAAAAAUAAAAACCUAUUGGACUUUUUCCACCUUUUUCUUGCAUAUUGAGAGAAUCUUGCCUUGGCAUACCUGGAGUAAUACAGUUCUGAAACUGGAAUGGGAAGUGUCCUCUUUCUCUUUCCCAGUUCAAAUUUUCUGAGCUUACAGAGCUGGAAAGAGAAGUAUCAGUCAGCAUGGGUUAACCCCAAAGUUUGCAGGUUCUCAAAAACACCUUAAGGUGGGAAAACACCCUAAAGGAAAUAACCUAUGUGAACCAGGAAGUGGCCUCUCCAGAAAAGGAAAUAGUUCUUUCUACAGGCUUUGAUUUCCAUGUAUCUUUCCCUCAUCCCACGACUUCAUUCCAUUCCUCCUUCCACCCAGUUGUGAGACUGGGCAGGUCAGCCGGGAGACCCUGACCUGGGAUGGAAUGGUACAACCCCACCCAACAUUUUGUGCCACAUCCUACCUUCAGAGUAUCUAGUUUGUGUAUAAUGUUCAGCCGGUUUCUAUGCAUUCUGCUCUGGAGGGUAAUGUGAAAAUAAACACUUGUUUUUUUAAGGCAGUAUUAUUUUAAUUCUGCUUGAUUAACUGGAAGUAAGUUCUGUUGAACUUGGAAGGUGCGUCUUCUGAGUGAAUAUGAAACAUGUAUAAGGUCCAACAAAUUCUGGUAAAUGUGGAGUUGAAGUAAGGUGGCGCCUUUUUUUAUACCUGUUAUGACCACAGCUAUUCAAAAAGGCAAGAAAGGAUGCUAGAGAAAUCCAGGGUUGAACUUAGGGACAAUUCAGUGAAAGUUGGUUUUUGCAAGGUAGGGCCAGUUUGCAUGUGAUGCUAAUUUCUGAAUAGCGUUAUGUGGAUAAGGUUAGUGAGUGCUUGCUAGAAGAUUGGAAGCUUCUGAGUUAGAUUAACUACUGGUUAGUGUUGCAUUCAACUAACUAUGGUUAGCUGUUGAAACAAGCUGUGUUUGAUGAAGCUGGCUGGUUUCAGAUAGUAGUUGAGAUUUAAUUACCUUGGUAUGGUUUGCACAUCACAAUAAGCCAGUUUCCCUCCCCCUCUAGUCUAGAGGCAUGGUGGGUAGUAAUAAUCUACAAAUCAAAUAUUAAAGAGUAUCUUCGCUAUUUGAUGGAGAUGGAGCGUGGGUCAGUGAGCUUAUGGGUAAGGGAAAGGAUACUUGGGAGAAAAAGCAGGUACCAGAUCUUUACCCAAACAUCUAGAAGUGUGUCUCACUAGUUCUUAACAUAAAUUGCAGAUGGUGUUUUACAUUGAAGCAUGUGAAUCUGGAUCAAUGAUGAAAAAUCUACCUCAUGAUAUCAAUGGUAAGUGAACAGUCAGCGUUCUGGUCUGAGACCAGUCAUCUGAUUGUACUCAAAACGUCUUCAUUGGGAGGUAUUGAAAACGUGGAAGCAUUAUUGCACUUUGGGUUAAAUAUGGUUUUUAAGUCUUAUCUACACCAGGGGUGGGAAAUUGGAUCACCUCCCACCCUUUUGUUUGCCAAAUUCAGCAUGAGGCUAGAACCGCCUAGCUGUCAAUCGUCUGGCAUCAGGGGUCUGGUGACCCCUUUUUUGUCUGCAGGGUUUGAAAUCAAGACUAUACAGUUAACUGAACAGCCUGCAAAGCACCUUUCAAGGUGCUCUGCUGAUCCUUUAGUCUUGCAGUUGUGAGGUCUUCUGGAUUGCUUUGCAAGAGGCGUCACAAGAUCAGCUGACAGUCAGCGGAUCACAGGGCUUUGCAGUUGAUUGCCGGUGCCUGGAAAGCCUUUCAGCAGAGUCAGGUCCUUGCCUGCCCCACACCUGACUUCCUAUGCAUGACAUUGGGUAUAGCACAGGUUAGGCUUGGCUUGACUGCAGUGGCUCUGCCAUCUGGCGAAGCUUGGAGGGGUCUGGAAGUUCACUGCACUGAUCUACACCAACCUUGGGUGCUCAGAUGAGACUCCAAUGGGGAUUAUGGAGGUUGUAGCAGAACAACAUGGGGGCCUUGAGGAUGGGAGUUUAAAUAUUGAGAGCUUUUACUUUUCCUCUACCCAGUCGCUGCUUUGCUCGCCAACCAUUCCAGCUGGCACAUAAUUGGCAUCCCUCUGAAGGGUUGCAUAGUUCCAUGUGUGGAGCUAUAUGUGUGAAAGCUUUCCCAUUCAUUCUUCAUCACUUUUAGGGGAAGGCUUUUGAAUGUUCGCAGAGCUCUGGAUUGGAGCAAAUGUGUCUAAAAUCAGCUUAAAACCAAAGUUCUUAAUUUCAGCUGGGUUUAGAUCACUCGGACAAGCGCAUACGGCAGCCAUGUGCCGGCUGUCGGGAAGCAAGUAAAUAGUGCCCCCUCCAUUUGCCUUGCAGUUUACGCCACGACUGCUGCUAAUCCUAGCGAAUCGUCUUACGCGUGUUAUUUUGAUGACAAGAGGCAAACCUACCUUGGUGACUGGUACAGUGUCAAUUGGAUGGAAGAUUCCGAUGUGGUGAGUCCCCAAGAUCCAGUAACUUGCUUUUUCUUUCAUCUGACAUUACGGAUCUUGAUUUGUUUUGUUUUUUAAAUGCUUUAUUUAGUGCAGUUUUGUUUACCACCAAGAGCCACAAUGGGCCCUUUUAGAGUAGGAGAACCAAAGGCAGUGUAUUCUCGGGAGUGUUUUCUCUAAGCUGACUUGAGACAUGUCUAGUACAAGCUUUCCAUUGUGCACCCCAGUAUUACCAGCCACAUCUAAGUAGGAAGGUGGCUUCCUGCUUACUAGUAGAGACAUCCUCUUUCAAGCAGGGAACUGACUCACAAGAGGUACAUCUCUAGAUCCACAUACUUGCAUCCUGCACAGAGGAUUUAGCAGCGUCUAAAGGCCUGGGCGUUGUAGAUGUCACCUAGAAGUGAUGACGUUAUCUUGAGUCCACAAGCCACAAGCUUUCGACACCUGUGCAAGCUUGAAUUUGCUGCCUCAGCCUCUGGGGGCAACUCCACCCAUGAUGUUGGUGGUGCUUGUGGCGAUCACACAGGGUCCCCGGACGUUUCACCGUCUAUUGAUCCCUGUGCCACCACUUUAUUUCUCACUGCCACCACCCAGGCCCUACCUGGUACAAUACUGAGUCCAGUCAGGGUUAAAUUGGAACAUAAACUUCCGUUUAUUUAUUGCAGUUUAACAAGUGUGUGGUUUCAUAAACGGUAUCGGUCAAUUACGAUCAUGGGGUGCCUAUAACUUCCGCUACCUGCUCUCACUCACUAAACCACCUCUCAGAUAUUUACUUGUCUUCCUAGCUCCUAACUGUUCCUGACUCAACUUAUUUCGCUACACGAACUCAACCUACCCACAGACUCUAUCCCAAUUCACUCCCACUCCAACCAACCAUCCAACUCCCAACGAACUCCUCCCUUCGCCCCUCCCAGAGCUGGUUUUAUAGUCCCACUGACUCCACCCCCCUGGGUUCUGAUUGGGCAACAUGUUUAACUAUUUCACCUCCAACACUCUCAUGUUAACGUCACAGUGCUCUCCUGGGAAUCUUCAGAGGUGCCAGGGUUUAAUGACGGCUCCUUUGCAUUUCUCAAUAUCCCAACACCAAUAGAUUCAAGAGUCAAUUGCUCUAAGUUAAGAAGUCUUCCCCCUCGCCCCCCAGUUGGUACCCUCUGCUCUUCAGACAGCAGGUGUGCUGGGGAAAGGGCUAAGAUGGCCUGUCAGGCAUGUCCAAAGUCUGUUUCAGGGGCCUAAUCCGGCCCACUGGUCGGUUUAAGAUCAACAACUUCACUCCUAAAAAAGGUCCAAGACUUGGGUCGGCCCCCACAGCCCUUCACUUCAUCAAAUCUGGCCCACUUUGAAAAAAGUUUGGACACCACUGGCCUAAGAUGACUAUUGGUGGGAGGAUUGAUGCAGGGGACGGCAGUCCAGCAAAUACUAGAUUCAACAAGAGGUUGUAUGCAUUGCCAUUGUGGACUGUAGCAGGAAGACCUGUUGUGUUUCUAACUAACUGCAGGGCAGAUAUAGGCUGCAAAUGGCUGAAAAGGGCACAGAUAACUUGUAUUUAUCAAAACUAUUACUAUUAUUAGAACUAUUUCCAUAAACCAAACAGAUAAAAGCAUUGGCAGGAUUAUUAUAAUCCACAGUUUCAUAACAGUAUAUAUUUAAAGAAGAGGAAUAAAUGAACAAAUUAAGUUAAAUUUGAUAUGUAGAAAAUGUUAAAAAUAAAUUUAAGGAGUGGGGGGAAGGAAGUCAGGUUUUGAAAUGUAAAAAUGAUUGUAAAAUCAGUGAAAUGUAUAAAUUUGAAAAUGUAUAAAUUUGAAAAAAGAACUUUCCGCAAACCUGUCAUGAAAGCAUCACAAACUGUUGAACAAAAAUACAAUCAAAUGGCAUUCAAACUUGCAGACUGAAUAAAUCCAUAGUACUAUUUGUUUCAUAGUUCUCGAUGCCCAGUCAUUCCUUGCAGACUUCCUAACUGACUAAGAACUAAUGAUUCACGAUGGGAGGUCUGUUGAAGUACCGUUUCAAGUUUUCUGAUUGCACAAUCGCAUUAGGAACUUGGUCAGCAAUUGCUUCGUUGUCGUUCCUCUUUCCCAAAAGGGAAGUAAAACCUUUUCAAUUGCGUUGGUAUGUAAAUAGCUGAAUCAUGUGCAACUUUUCUUUCUUUUUCUCUCUAUGCCUUUUUUUUUGGUCUGCAGGAGGAUUUGAAGAAAGAAACUCUGCACAAGCAGUUUCUGUUGGUAAAGAAGCAUACAAACACCAGCCAUGUGAUGCAGUAUGGAAACUUGGUGAGUGUUUGGUCUCAGAUGGGCAAUUGCGGACAGUGUGUUUUGUGUGGUUUUGUCUGUAAUACUGCAACAACCCCUGUGAGGUAGGUUAGGCUGAGAGACGGCAUCCAGCCUCAGGUCACCCGGUGAGCUUCAUUGCCAAGUAGGUCUCCCACCUUCCGGUCAAGCACUCUAACAAUACAGUGGAUGCUUGGGUUGCUAACGUGAUCCGUGCAGGAUGCACAUUUGCAACCCACAGCGGCGCGUCUGCUCACGUGCGGGUUGUGAUUCGGCGCUUCUGCGCAAUUUAGCGCUUCUGCACAUGCGCGACCGCCGAAACCCAGAAGUAACCCGUUCCGGUACUUCCAGGCUUCGGCGGUCCAUAACCCGAAAAAACGCAACCUGAAGCUUCUGUAACCCACGGUAUGACUGUACGCCAAAUCAUAGCUACAGUGGUGCCCCGCAAGACGAAUGCCUCGCAAGACGGAAAACCCGCUAGACGAAAGGGUUUUCCGUUUUGGAGGUGCUUCGCAAAACAAAUUUCCUAUGGGCUUGCUUCACAAGACGAAAAUGUCUUGCGAGUUCCUGCGGGGUUUUUUUCCUUUCCCCCCCCCUUUUUCCCAAGCCGCUAAGCCGCUUAACAGCUGAUCGCUAAGCCGCUUAUCAGCUGAUCCGCUAAGCCACUUAACAGCUGAUCCGUUAAGCCGCUAAGCCGUUUAUCAGCUGAUCCACUAAGCCCGCUAAACUGCUAAUAGCGCUAAUCCGCUAAACCGCUAAUGGGCUUGCUUUGCAAGACGAAAAAACCGCAAGACGAAGAGACUCACAGAACGGAUUCUUUUCGUCUUGCGAGGCACCACUGUAUUUUGAACCGGACCUUCCAGUCUGCAUCCUAAAUCUUGAAACUGGAAAAAGCGGAAACAAAUGGGGGAACAGAACCUUUAUUUCUUACUUUCCUUACCCUACUCCCAAGAGUUGGGGGGGGGGGAGUUGCAUACAUGGUUCCUUCCUUCCCUCCACCCCCCCCCCCCCACUUUAACACAACAGCCUUGUGAAGUAGGUAAAGUGAUUGCCCAAGGUCUCCUGGUGUACUUCACAACUGAGCAAGGAUUUAAACCCAGGAUUUCCUAAUCCAUCACUCUGUACUGUUGCAUCCUACAGCAACCCUACUUUAGAGGGCUUGUGUUGUGCAAUUUGUUCCUUACACUUGUCCUCUGUUCAUCUUCUCAAGGAGCUCAGUAGUUUGCUAAAGGCCCCAGGCGCAAUUCCUACUCGGGAGGCUUAAAGGCCCAACCCUGCCCUGCUUCAGCAGUCAACCUGUGUCUUAAUGCUGCAAGACCAACUAUCCAGGGCAUGGCUGCUUCCUCUUUCCCCCUUUUCCCUCCAGUUUUGCAACAUGCUCUCCUUCCAGAGCUGAGACGACUCCUGGUUUCUCCAGCCCUCUGUGUUUUCAGCCAAUUUCAAAUUGCAGAAGGGUCCUGUAUCCCUGUGGUAAAGCACAUACGUUUUGCAUGCAAUAGGUCCCAGAUUCAGUCCCUGGCAUCACCCUGGGUAGCACAUGCCCUGGGACCCUGGAGAGCUUCUGCCAGUCAGAGUAGGUAGACAAUACUGGGCUAGAUGACAAAGCAGUUUAACCUGGUAUAAGGUAGCUUCUCAAGGUUGCAUCCAACUUUAGCCCCAAAGAAUCCUGGGAAAUGUAGUUUGUUAAGGCUCCUGAGAGUUGGUAGGAAACCUUCAUUCCUCUCACAGCUACAGUUUAACAGUCAAAUCCCUCGUUCUAGAGAACUCUCGGGAAUUGUAGUGUCGUGAGGCAAAUAGGUCUACUCUUGAGUAUUAUUACUGUUUGUUACGGUUAUAUGCCACCUUUAUCUUCCAAGGAUCUCACAUGAUUUUCCUCCUCACAACAGGUUAGGCUAAGAGACGGUAACUGGCCCGAGGUCACCCAGUGAGCUUCAUGACAAAAUAGGGAUUCGAACCUGGGUCUCCCAGAUCCUAGUCCAACACUCUUAACCAUUACCCCACUCUGGCUCCCAGUGCAUCGCCAAGUAUGGAUACUUUGGAUACAGCUUGUACAUUCAGGCCUCUGUAAAUCACUUGCUUAUAAAAUCACAGCUGCUCUUGAAGCGCAGCUUAAUUCCUCCAUGGCCUCUCCAUUCGAGGUGUUUUAUUGGGUGCGUUAACAGUGCCUAGAGACAGAUGCGAGAGGACCUAGCUCAGAUCCUUGCUUUCAAUCCACCAGGUAGCCUUAGGAAACUUGCCCAUCUUGUCUCAGGGGCUGCUGGAAGAACAAACCAAUCGACAGAGAAUACCAGUCCCCUCCAGGUUUUCAAGCAAUUGCAAGCUUUUGAAAGCAGUGCUGUUUCCCAAAAAAUGCGUCCGUCCCAUUAAAGUGGAGGGUGUCUUUUUCUUCUUCUCUUUCCCCCCCUUGCAGUCCAUCGCUCACAUGAAAGUGGCGCAAUUCCAGGGCACAAGAAGCGCCUCCAGCGCCCCCAUUUCGUUGCCCCCCGUGAGUCGCUAUGACCUCACCCCCAGCCCCGACGUCCCCCUUGCGAUCAUGAAGCGCAAACUGAUGGCCACAAACGACGCGGCUGAGGCCAAGGCGAUUCUAGGAGAGAUGAAGAGACACCUGGAGGUAAGAGCCGAGAGGGGCGCAAUAUUAUCAACAGUGUGGCAGGGUCAGAAGUAGGAGCUCACUGCACCCAUGCGAAUGCUGCUCAUUCGUGUCGUACUUCAUUUGAUAGAACAAUGUUCUGAAUCACCAGCCCAAAGGAGGGAGGGCUCUGUGCAGUGGUUGAUGCAGGGAUACCCCAAAAAAAAGGAUGUCGAAAACAUCUGAGUGAUCCAUUCUAGUGCUUUAUGAAAGAAAGGUGUAGAAUUGCAGCAAAUCAGCCUGUCAGGUCUCGCAGCCUUUGCAUACAUGGGACGGACACCGCAACAAGGAGAUGGCUUCUCCAUGCCCAAGCAAACAUAUUCAUAUGUUCUUUAUACACAAAGCAGCAUACGUCACUUGGGCCAGGGCUUCCCAUCGCUUCACCUGACCAGAUAAGGGCAUAGGUGGCAAAUACCCAAAUCUUACAGAUAUUUUCCUUUCCUGGGCUCAGAGACCAGCACCCCAAGCAUGCAGAUAACAUCAAAGCAAGCUGAUCGGCCUAUAUAAAAAAUAUAAACUUAUAUGAGCUGAUUGUUACUACCAAGAUGGCAUUUGCAGAGCUUCUGAAAUAUUUCACCUUUGGUCCUACACAAACAGACAGGAUAUGCCCCUGAGCACUAUACUCAGCGCUGAUCUGCUUGAGUGCUCUUGCUUUGCACGUGCAAAGGUUGGGGGGGGGGGUUGCUUCCUUAAAAUACCUCUUCUGCAAAUUUUGGUGGUGAACUUUUGAGCGAGGACGAUUUCAGCGUUGCCUAGUGGUAGCAGUUUUUGAGAGUUGGUCAGCAUGCUGCGGUACGAAAUACUUGCUGUCUAUGUUGUCCAUGAUACUGUCUCAUGAUCUGAGAAGCACCUCAACAGGCUGCCAACUAGCUUGGAGGUUUUUUGUUUUCAAACUGGAACUUCCCAAGCUUCCUUUUUCAGUAUGAUUUGCUUGCACAGUCCCCAGAAAAGGUGCUUUCACAGCAGACUGCGGGAACCAUCUGUUCCAGCGUGAACAGAAGAGACAUGUUUCCCCCCACAUGAGUGGUGGGGAUGUGCUGUGAUUUCCCCCAGUGGUCACCUGAGCACAGCAAGAUGCGAAAUGCAUCCUAAGAUGCUUUCAGUUCUUGUAUUAAGAAUGUCACAGCCGAGACUUCUGUGAUAACUUCCAGGUCUGAGUUAUGUGACCAGAAAUGAGAUGUUCAAAAGGCAAAUGGACAUGGUGGUUGUGGCUAGCAGACUUCUUUGGUUUGACCCUUCCCUUCCCCUCCCCCGCAAAAGCUGUGUAAGAACAGGAGGCUUCUGUUAGAGCCGCAGUUGCCUAGAGGGCACUAAGGAGCUGUGUUCUAGAAAACAAAAGAGUUACUCUUGUCUCUUCCUCCACAGGCUAAAGAGCAAAUCCAGAAUGCCAUGCGCAAGAUUAUAUCCUUCAUAACGCUUUCCAGUGAGCACACAGAGCAUCUCCUAUCGGAGAGGAUGAGCCUCAUGAAUUACGACUGUUACGAGGCCUCAGUGCGUCACUUCAAGAGCCAUUGCUUCAACUGGCAUGCCUCCCCUGUGGUAAGUCUCUUCAGACUUGGAGCCAAGCAAGGUGAUGAGUAGACUGGGCUAACUGCUGCAUCUCUCUCUGGGAAGAGCUUGCAUCAAGAUAUCUUGGUUGUCUUGAGAGGGAUAGUUUAUCUGAUCAGUUGCUUUACUUCUGUGAGUGAGCCGUCAGUGGCAAGAGUGGUCUGACCUCCCCUGACAGCAAACUGGGUGGGAAUGAAGGGGAGGGGGAGAGAAGCCAUGCCCCUACCCAUCUCUUGCUCUGGUUUCACCCCCACAGACUUCAGCUUCACCCAUAGCCAUUACUUCCCUCUCCCCACUGAAAGGGACUACAGCCCUCAGAUGAAUGGCUGCCUCCCUUAGGAUUAUGCGUUGAGUGGGGGAAAGGUGUAAUUCUCCUGCUUGUUUCUGUUUUUCAGUAUGAAUAUGCUCUGAGACAACUGUAUGCUUUGGUCAACGUCUGUGAAACAGGAUAUCCCAUUGACAGGUAAAAUCUGUGUACAAAUGAUUUGAGGUGUGAUGUGCAUUUUCUAGAAGGAGAACGUCAAUUGUAUAUUUGGGCUAGUUCUUACUACCUUCUAUAAGUAAUCUGAAGAUAGAUAUUCUAUCAACGCAGAGAGGGAGAGAGAACUGUUACAUGAAAUGUGCUUUUAGCAUUUACAUGCCAGUAAACCAUAGAUGUGUGUAUCUUUGUUUAAUCUUACCGUACUAUAUUUGCACCUGCCGCUUGUCAUGCUAGUGAUGGAGUGUGCAUCUGCAGCCAAGUUUAAGCAAGGUGAGAGAAUCAUAGAAUUGUGGAGUUGGAAGAGGAUCAUCUCUCCCAACCUCCUGCAAUGCAGGAAUAUGCAGCUGUCCCAUAUGGGGAUCAAACCUGCAACCUUGGCAUUAUCAGCACCCUGCUCUAACCAACUGAGCUAUCCUGCUGCCCAAGCAAAAGGGAAGAGCAAGGGGCCCUUGCUUCUGCUUCCACCGCUGGCACCCAGGGGUGGGGGAACAGAACAAAGGCAAGAAAUGUCCAAGCCGCCCAGAGUGGCUGGGGAAACCAAGCCAGAUGGGCGGGAUAGAAGUAAUAAAUUGUAUUAUUAUAAGCGGGCCAGUGAAGCAAGCAGACCGUCACCAAAGGGCAAGGAGGGAGAGGAAUGAAAGGGAGAAAUGUUCACAUUGCUGCUGCCACCAAGAAAAGAGAGCCUGUGCUUCAAAACUACAGCUCUUGGCAGUGGGAAAAGCGGGGGGAGUCUUUCUGCUCUUUGUCCUCCCACCCCCUGGCGGCAGUCAGAAGUGUGUGAGCAGACAGGCAGAGCAAGCGACUCAGGCAGGUGGGUGGCAAAAGGGAGAAGUCAGGUUGCUGCUGCUUAUUGAAGAUGGAAGUGGGAGGUGCAGGGAGGUCCGCCUCACAUCCCUUCCCCUCUCUGCAAGUGAUCUGAAAAGCUGGGGAAACCAGCACAACCUUCUCUCACCAGGUACCACUGUGAAGUGUAAGGAGCUGUGGCAGGUAGGCAGGGCUGGUGGGCAAUGCAAGCAGGGGAUGCAGCCCACAGUACAGUGUUCCCAAACUUGGGUCUCCAGCAUUUUGGACUACAGUUCCCAUCCUCCCUGGUCCUGCUAGCUGGGGAUCAUGGGAGUUGCAGUCCAACAACAGCCGGAGACCCGAAUUUAUGAAACACUGCCCUAGUACGCAAAACAAAUUUGUGCCGUGAGAAAAGCCUUGUUUUUACGCUUGUCAUUUCUCUUGCAGAAUACUAUCAGCCAUGGAUCGAGCCUGCAAUGAAUUUUAA